AUGUCUCUUGAUCCAUCUAAGCUUCCGGAUCCUCCAAUGCCAUCCUAUGCUUUUACUAUUUACCAUUGCGAUGUAUUUGAAAAGUCAAAGUUCAAGAACUAUGACUCGUUACUUAAAAAUAGGCUUGCUCGAUGUGAGGAUAGAGCAAAUUAUAUAGCUUCAAUUCUUGAGGACAACAACAAUGUCAAAGAAGGCAGUAGCGAAGUUAAGACUUUAUUGCAAAUAGACACUGGUAGUGAUUUAGUUUGGUGGCAAUGUGGACCAUGUGAGGCAAAUAAGUGUUACAAGCAAGUUGAUCCUUUAUAUUUCCCUACAAAUUCGAAAACAUAUCGAAAAAUCGAUUGUAUCGUAUAUGGUUCAAGAUGUUUAGAUGAUGUGGACAAAACUUAUAAAUGCAAUGCUUAUAAUAAUGAGUGUACGUACGAUAUUAGAUUUGUAAGUGGACAAAGAUCAAAGGGUUUUAUGGGAGAUGAUGUUAUUACUUUUGUUUUAGACCAUCGACCCAUUAGGGUUACAUUUGGAUGUGGCAAAGAUCAAAUGGGUCGAGCCAAUUUUAGUGGUUACUAUUCUGGAAUGGUUGGUCUUGGGCGAAGAGUAAAUGUCGGAUCAUAUUCAUUACCAUCACAAUUUGAGGCGGAUUUAAUGUCCAUAUGUCUACCUGGAUUUUUUUCGGGAAAGUCAUCUUCACUUAGUUUCCAUACCUCCACGUGGCAAAGGACAACAUCGGCAAAAUUAUUACAAAAUUAUAAAUUCCCUUUAUUUUAUUAUGUCAACCUUUAUAAAGUUUUUAUUAACGAUAAGGAAAUUCCGGUCCACCCAUCAUGGUGGACUUUUACAAAAGGUGGUGGUGGUGGGGUUCUCGUGGAUACAGGUACAUUUAUUAGUCGAUUUCCUCAGGAUUUGUAUACCGUAUUCCGUUACAUAUUCAGAAGUGAAAUAAAAGAUAUUCCUCUGGUUGAAAGUCCGUACAAGUCUCUAGACACAUGCGUUAAAGUGGAUCCAAGUGGACGAGAGUUGUACUUUCCCGUUGUGAAGUUGUACUUUGGCGAUGUAAACCCUAAGAACAUGUUGUUAUUGGCAAAAGAACGAGUUAUGAUACACUUUGAUGGAUAUUAUUGUUUGGCUUUCAUGGGAUGGAAUAGAUCUCAUUCAAUAAUAGGAACUAAUCAACUUCAAGGUAUAGGAUUAACUUUUGAUACAUCAGAAAAUACUUUGUCAUUUGAUUUAGAUGCAUGUAGUUGA